AUGAUGAAGAAACUGUUAAAAUUCCAAGAGAACAAUGCUCAACGAUCAAAAAUUAGUGUUAAAGAAAUCGAAUAUGGUUUAGGAUUCUUACUUGAAAGACAAUUAAUUUUAACAAUUAUCAGAUUAUUGAACAAAAAAUAUUUAAUUGAUAUUCAACAUUUAGAUCGACGAAUAUUAUCAUCAGAUGAAUCAUAUAAUAUACAAUUAAAAGAUUAA